UUUGAAGUUGGUUCAUUAUCACUCUGCGUAGUAAUUGGUGAUAGGGGCUAUAGUACAAAUAUGAUGUACUUGGAAAGUACAAUAACCAGCUGAUAAGUGAAUAAAUAAAACUAUUUCAGCUUGAGAAAUAUUUACAUUAUUAUACGAACUGUCAAAGCAGUAACGUGUUAGUGAUGUGUUUGGUCUAACAAUAUAAUAUUUGAGGUUAUAAUUUGAGAUUGGGUUUUGUUUUUGUGAGUUAACAGUUUGUAAACACAACAUAACCUCUACACGUGUAGGAUCAAAGCAAUCAUGUCCGUGGAAGGCGUAAUGGUAUCCUACAACUACUCCGAGGACGGCGAGCACUCCAACAUCAUCACCGUCUCCGCGUCAGGGAUGAAGUUCUCCAAGCGCUGGGUCCUCACCCACGGCUCCAUUCUGUCGCCUCUCAAACAGGCACAAGCCAUAAAUCACGCGAGAGGCAACCCUAUAUUGAAAGAGGAGUUCUACGACAACCUGCCGGAGAUAUACGUGACGUGCGAGAGAGAGACAAAAGAGGGGAACGUGUACGACGACGUGGAGAGGCUUAGUAGGGAGAGGGAUGAUGAGUUGGAGCAUAGCAGUUACCAGAUUAGAGUGCUUACCGGGAGGAUAGUCCACGUCUGGCAAUGCCCGAUCCUGAGCCGCUGCGUUGACGACAUCCUCUACAGUUGGACCAUCGGGCACCGCGACGGUGACAUAGAGAAGCAAACGCAGCUGGGCAAGGCCCUGCUUUCAGUGUUUGUACUGGUGGACCUGGAAAGUGACGACCGAGGUUUUAGAACACUAAGGCCUCUUUCAGAGCUACUAGACGUGGUGAAACCGCCACCCGACAGAGGGUCGGCUGUAGAAGUCCACUCCACACCCUUCGGAUGCGAGGUGUUCCUGAAUGCAGUAACUCGUGGGUCGGUGUGCGGUGUGGUGGGGCGGCGGCCAUCAUUGCUACUUACUGACGCAGCGACUGCGCUAGGCUCUGAAGGCGGCCCGGUGUUCACAGAAGGACCUAACAAAGAGCUGAUAGGCGCAGUAGUAUGCAGCGUAUCAUGGUGGCGAGGGGAAUGGGUGGGGCUGACAUUAACAGCGCCGUUGGUGUCAGUGCUGAGCGCCAAGCUGAGGGUGUCUUCACCGGCGGUACCACGCCAGCCGCCCAGCCGGCAGUAUCAAGAGAUAUUUAACAGGAUCGACAAGACGACGGUGCUGGUGCGGUGCGGGGGCGCGUGGGGCGCGGGGGUAUACCUCGGCGGCGGCCAUAUUGCCACGUGCGCGCACGUUGUUAAACACUACGCAAGCCACAAAGUAUCAGUAUACUGCCAAGGCGUAAGCGAAACAGCGAUAGUUCGGUACAAGACCCGCGAUGAUCGCGCUUACGAUUUAGCUCUUCUCUACACGAACCCUGAAAACUGGACGCAUCUCCUGCCCGCAGUGUUUGCUGACAAGCCUGCUGAAAAGGGUGAAUCUGUACUAGCAGCCGGAUACCCGUACUUCAACGAGAAUAUGCUGGACAACUUAAAGCCAAACGUGACCGCUGGCCAUGUGAACAGCGUCUCACCUUCCAUGAUACAGAGCAGUUGCUGCGUGCAGUCAGGGUUCAGCGGUGGGCCAAUCUUCAGGAUAAUUGACUCCAAUGUGGAAGUUCUGGGCGUCAUAGUCAGCAACGCAAAAACCAAUACAGGCGCGUGCUAUCCCUACAUCAAUAUGGCGGUACCUGCUCGCGCAUUCGUCGAUUCCAUGCUUCAAUACAUUACUGAUAAAGAUGGCGACCACCUGAAGCCGAUUGAAAACCACCAAGAAAUGAUUCAGUCACAGUGGAGGCUACUUCCCUAUAGAUCUAAGAUAUGAUCUUAAAUUAAUAAGAUUUAGCUUAAUACUUCUACUGCUAAGGUUAGACGGGAGAAAUAUUGGGGCAAGAGAAAAGAAAAUACUAUCUUGCCCCGAGCAAUAUAAACUAUGUUUUUCUUACCCGACAUGACCUUAUAAAGCCUGACCAGGAAUAUAUGAUCAGUAUGAUCACGCGCCAUGAUGCGGAAUUUCACUGGAACUAUUUUUUUCAUACUAUAAACUGUCACUUUGUACAUGAGAAUAACAGCGCCCUCUUGACAAUGAUCAUUUAUUACUGGUCAAGCUUUACGUAUGUAUCAUAGUCUAAUAAAACAUGGUCUUCUCUUCCCAGAGUGACACAAGCCUACGUCACAAUAACAUUGCCACUUUGUAUAGCGCUAUUGCAUCUAUUAUAUAGCGCUGUUGCAUGAUGACGUAGGCUUGUGUCAGUCACGUGGUCGGAAGAGAGUACCAGGCGGAGUAUAUUAUUAUACCAUGGUAUGUAUCGGAAUUUCAAAUAUUCAAAUAGUAAAACAACGACAGUCCAAAUAUAAAUUUUAACUGUCGUGUAGUUUAAAAAGAAACAGGUAUUCUGAUACAUAGGUACGCGUUUAAUGUCCCUAUCUAUGUUUAGGCCAUUGAGGUAGUAUUAAAUUAGUGCAUAUAAGUCAAUGGUUUUGGCUUGGUCUUAAGUCUAUGGCUUUAAUCGAACUGAAAUUUGAACAUUGUCAUAACCUUCGAGCAACACCGGCUUCCGACAGUCAUAACUAUCUUGAAAAAAUGUAACAUAGAACCCUGUAAUAUUGGGCCAGCGAUGUGAUACGUUUGAUCCUCUUUUUCGUACUUGUAUCGUAUGUAUCGUAAAUAACUAUUCUAUAUAUCUAAUCUACUCUUUAUUCCCAAUGAUCUUUUAUCAAAGAUCAUAGUUUAUUCCCUUUUCUCUACUCUAUGGUGCUGUGAAAAUUCUUAUUUUAUCACAUUUAUGGUGGUACGUAUUAUACCGGGCCGUAUUGGGCCGGGUGGGUCUAGCAGUUCCCACGCCGAGCUUCCGUUUGGAAGGUGCGAGUACUGGCGGCGCGCGCCCCGCGUGGCGUUGCCGGCGCCUCCUGGCGAGCCCUGAGACGCGCACUGUGUACUUAUGCCGCAAACGCGCCCACCGCCCGAGCCAUCUCUCUAAUAAAUAAUAUACUCACCCAGGUCCCGGAUGCCGACUUAUUCACUGACAGGUUGGGGAAAUUUCUCAAAGCCACCAUGUCUGCUCUAAACCAUACCGAACUUGAUAAUUAAAAUUUUUACCUUUGUUUAAGGUUAUGCCGCUAUUUGUAUUUGUUUUCCUAUCAUUUCUAUUUGUUUUGUUUUCACUGUAUUUGAGUUAGCCUUCUUUGAAUUUAUAAUUUGUUAAUGUGUCGUAUGUUCUAUUUUACCGUGUAAGCGAAUUGGUAAACUA